GUAUGUGGCCUGCCCAAAUCUGUUGGGAGAUUUUAUCUGCUGACUCAGGAGUCUUCGGUCCCUCUAUCAAAAACUUCUCACAGCAAAAGGCUGGGGAUUUUCACAGGAAGCCAUGAUAGGCGGAAGUCGAGUAUCAUUGAGCCCAAGAUCAGCCUCAAAACCACAUCCCUCCUGCUUGGCCUUCCAUUCUGCGCAUGAAGCUCUUCUGCACAGCACCCUCCUCUCUUACCACGUUGGGCCCAGUACAAAAGGAAUGGAUGUCUGCAAGGAACCCAAGAUGUUUCUGAUGCUGGCCUUGCUGUUCGUGAGCUUGAGCAAGCGAAAUGCAGCCACAACUAAGCCUCAAGAUGUGAACUGCAUAGUCUAUAAUGAUGACUACAUGAUCUGUGAGUGGGACAGCAGCCAGAAACCAGCCAUGAAUUACUCUCUGUACUACUGGUAUGCAAAAAAUCCAAUGGUGGAGUGCAAGCAUUACCUCCAAAGUGAUGGUGUUAACAAAGGAUGCUGGUUCAACAGAAGCCAGAUUCAAUAUAUGUCCUUCAAUGUUUAUGUCAAUACAAGCAACGAUGGCAGCAGCCUCUCCAGCGGAAGCCCCAUGUUCCUGCUCAACCUAGUGAAACCCAAUCCACCUGUUAACCUCACCGUCCAGAAUUUAGGAAACAACCAGCUGCUUGUGACUUGGGGCUCAACAUACAAAGCCACACACUGUCUGGAGCACAUGGUGGAGUACGAGAGCAACACAGACACUGAACGGAAGAAUUCACGAACAGGAGAGAUGAAGUUCAUCUUACCCAGUGUGGAUCCAGAGAAACGCUAUGCCUUCUAUGUGAAGAGUAAAAUAGACUCUCAAUGUGGGACCACUGAGCUUUGGAGUUUGACAGCAGGCCCUGUCUUUUGGGGGCCAAAUAUCACCAGGAAAGGCCCUGAAGAAGAGGUUAAGUCCAUGUGGUUCUGGAUCCAGAAUGUUCUGAUCCCAUUUGUCUCCCUUUUGCUCCUGCUCCUGCUCAUCUUCAUCCUGAUGCGUAUGGAGAGGGUAUGGGUGGUCCUGAUGCCCAGAAUCCCCAAUCCCAGCCACAAAUUUGAAGAGCUCUUCACAGCCUACCAGGGCAAUUUUUCAGAAUGGGCUGGAGUCCCCAAGGAUGCUGUGGAGAGCUUCAAGUCUAGCUACCGUGAAAGCAUCUGCCAUGUCACAGAAUUGGUUCCUGGUGGAGGAUAUUUGCCCCUGGGCAAUGACAUCCUGGGCAGAGCCGGAGAGGUGCCUGCAGUCUCCACGGACUCUGUCCUCAAGAUUGACGUUGAAUAGAGCAAGUCAGACCAGCCGCUUAUAAGUGUGGAGUGUUUCCUGGCUGGAGCUUGUGUUACAGCAGACACACUUUCCUCACACUGCUGCAGUCACUUACUCUGAGUGUUAAUGGUUUAGAUGGUUAAACAAAAGCAGGCCUGAUAAUUUCUAGAAAAUAUCUAUUAGCUUUUUUUCUCAGUAAUGCACUCGCUGUUACAUCAUUGAGAAACAUAACUAUGAAUUAGUGGCUUUAUGCCCAGAACUAAAUCUCACAAUAUGAAGAAUGAACAGGUUUGUCAUAAUUAUCUCUGUGGGACAUUUCUUCCAAGUUCAGAGGUGUUUAUAUAGUGACUUCAGGGGGACCUAAUUUUGAUGGAAUCUGUACUUGGAACUUUUAUAAUUUUAGCAUUUAUCUUCACAAUGAUUGUGGGGUUAACUUUUUUAGUCCUGUAAUUUUUUUCCUGUUGUUCUCAAUACACAGAAUAAUUUCUU